AUGAUAGAUUCUGACUUCGUUGCCUACUUCCAAAUCGAUCUCAUUCAAGAGCUCUUCGCUAAUGCUAAAGAAGAUUAUGGUCAUCCAGAAGAUCAAAUCGCAGAUAUCCUUCCAGGGUUGUCUCCAAUACCCUUUAAGGAUUUACCCCAUGAGAUAAUCCUGAAAAAUCAGAGUAAUCCAGAUCCAGUGGUGCCACUUUUAUCAUCCAGGGUGAAAAAGCUACCACAAGCAUCGGCUGUUCUGUUGAACUCUUAUGAAGAACUAAAUCCAACUCUCCUGACAACUUAUCUCAAGUCCAAUCUUCAGAAUGUUCUCUACGUCGGUUCUUUAACCCAAUCACCACCAGCAUUUGGUGCAGAUGCCACAGUUGCAGAACUGGAUUCUGAGGAAUUAAAGGAAUUGGCUGAAGCACUUGAAGUUAGUGAAGUUCCUUUUCUUUGUUCUCUCAAAGACCACCUGAAGGAUUAUCUCCCAGAUGGAUUUGCUGAGAGAACUAGAGAGCAUGGAAAGGGGUGUGAUGGCUCAAGCAUAGUGAUAUCUCCUCCUGUCACACCUUAUUAUGUUCCUAAUGCUCUUUAG